ACACCCACACACUCUCUCCACAUUGUUGGCACCGGAAGAUCGUUUGCAUGACCACCCACAAUAAAAUCCCUGGUUAAAUGCAGGAGGUGCCUAGACAACACUAUCAAUAUUGACUAUUUUCAGAGAGGAGCAAAGCAGCACACAGACAGUCUCUCCUGUUAAAAGCGUAUCGUUUGACCCAUGGCAAACUUCACUACUACAGAAGAUCACUGCUGUGCCUUUGAGUCUCCCAUCCUGGACCAUGUCCUGCCUCCCAUCCUGGUGCUAGAGUUCAUGUUUGGGCUGAUGGGGAAUGUUGUGGCUCUGUGGAUGUUUAUUUUAAACAUGGACACCUGGAAGCCCAACUCUGUCUACCUCACACAGCUGGCCGUUGCCGACUCCAUCGUCCUGUUCUGUCUUCCAUUCAGAGCCGACUACUACCGACGCGGCAAGCACUGGAUCCAUGGUGAUGCCAUGUGCCGGAUUAUGCUGUUCAUGUUGACGGUCAACCGCGGCGCUGGCAUCUUCUUCCUCACUGCAGUGGCUGUCGACCGUUACCUCAAGAUCGUUCACCCCAUGAACAAGAUCAACCGGAUGGGCCUGAAUUAUGCUCUGUGGGUGUCUCUGGGCCUGUGGGGGAUGAUCAUCGCUGCAACCGGGUACCUGCUGACCAACAAACACUUCUUCUACCGCAACAACCAGACACAGUGCGAGAGCUUCAACAUCUGCAUGGGCUUCAGCCCGCUGUCUACGUGGCACAACACCUUAUACGUGACCCAGUUCUUCUUGCCCACUGCCAUUGUCACCUUCUGCACGGUCUGCAUCACCUGGCAGCUGAAGAACAAGACAAUCGACACCGGGGGGAAGAUCAAACGUGCGGUGCAGUUUGUCAUGGCCGUGGCACUCAUCUUCAUAAUUUGCUUCUUCCCCAGUACAGUGUCUCGGAUCGCUGUGUGGAUCCUCAAGGCCUGGUACAACGAGUGCCAUUAUUUCAAAGAGGCCAGUUUGGCGUUCUACACCUCUGUGUGUUUCACCUACUUCAACAGCGUGCUGAACCCCAUCGUGUACUACUUCUCCAGCUCUGCCUUCAGUGGGAACUUCCAGAAGCUGUUCAAUAGACUGCUGGGGAGGAAAGAGGAGGAGGUACGGCCAGCCUCGCCUGAGACUGGGACCGAGAUCAGCAGUGCAAAUACAGUGUCAGGGAGGAGUAGUAACUUCCAAUCACUGGUCCAGGGUGAGGGCCUAUACUCGCAAAGCGUCUCAGACUUAUUCAUUGUGAUGUAAAAUACAAAACUGAUCCUAGAUCAGCACUCCUAGGCUUACUCUGAGACGCUUUUAUGAAAAGGUACACAAGGAGAACAAAAUAUCUGACUUUGUAUGAUUUUUCUUCUUCUACUCUAGUGGAAUAUGGUGUGUUCUAAAGAAUAUUAACCAGAUGUGAAGGAAGUCAAGGAAGGUGGAGAUAGUUGUCUGUUAGAUACGAAUUUUAACAUUUUUAUGUUAUGUUGAUGUUCCAUAGCUAAAAGUAGAAAUUCAUUAAUUGGUUCGUUCAAUUAAGAUUUUGUUUGCAGUAUAACAGUGGAAUCUUUCAUGUAAUAUUUCAUAUUUACAAUACUUUGUCUUUGAGUUUUGUGUAUUUGCUGGUGAUUCAAGUAAAUUCAUUGUGAACUAGAAAAGUACAUUUCCUAAAGAAAAUAUGUGUGCUUGCUAGCUUGUCUUAAAGUAUUUAUGGUUGGGAAAUGAGUUAUCGUAGUUAUAGUGACUGCAGUAGCAAUGAUAGUGACUGCUUAUAGUUGAAAAUAGAUAGAUAGAAUAGAAUAGAUAGAAUAGGAUAGCCUGAACAUGGGAAGUUGGUUCGGUGUCUCUAGCUUGAACAGUUCAAGAGUUACUAUUAGUGUUGUUGGUUAUUUUAUACUAAUGUUAAUUGUUUUAAUGUUUGUAGCUGAAAUUGUUAAAAAGCAGUAGCUUUUAAAUUGUCUACCACUGUGUUCUUAUGGUUGGCAUUGAAUCCAUGAAGUGUUAUGCUAAUUUAUGCAAAUCAAAAUAGUUCAUAAAGGGUUAUAGGAAAUUUGACUUUAGGAUAGCCUGCCUGUUUUAUAGCCUGAAUGUUUUAAAGCUGUUGUAGCGUCAUUGGUUUAGAAGCAGGACCGUUUUGAAUAGCUACCACUGUAUUACUAUGUUUCUCAUUCAAAACCAUGUUAAUUUUUGUAUAUUUUUUAUUGUUAUAGUUCAAAAAGUAUAGAUAGGUGGAAAGAUUGAUUUGAUUGAUAGGAUAGCCUGAACAUGAGAAAGUUAAUUUAGUGUCUCUAGCUUUACCAGUUCAAGAGUAAAUAUUACUGUUAGUGGGUUAUUUUAUGAUAAUGAAAAAUGAUUUAAAUAGGUAUAAUGUAUAAAGUAAAAAAAUGUUAGUUGUUUCAAUGUUUGUAGCUGAAAUGGUGAAAGAGCAGUAGCAUUUAAAAUGUCUACCACUGUGUUGUUGUUUGACUUUGAAAUCAUUGCAGUUCAUGCAAAUUUAUGCAAAUU